AUGUGGGAGCUUGAAGUGCAGCACCUAACACAAUGCUGUAAGGAAUAUCCCGCGACUGCAAGGCCGGGCCUUAAAGGUGUUUCAUAUUUAAAAGAAACGUUUCGUAAUUGCAGCGAAAGAAAUCAUCAGUCCAUAUUCAGUAUUGAAGUUUUCGCUGCCCGACGCAAAUAUGGUAUGGAAGUGGACCGAUUGUACAUGUUCAAAGAAGGUGGGGUGGAGGUGGAUGGAUGGACAGGAAGGAGGAACAGGCGAGUGGUAAUAAGUGGGAUUAAGUGGACACUGGUGUCUCAAAUGGAUGAUUGGAAAUCGAGGACAAAAAUUAGUGUUCUUGCUGCUUCACUGGAUGUCAUCAUGCUUUGGUCCAUACGCAAACGAAUAGGAUUGAUCAAUUGUAAAAUUACGGCUGCAAUCUAA